UUGUGUUUCUAAAUCUAGAGGCACUGAAUUUGAAUGGGAUUAAAAUAAACCAGUUAUGGAUAACAUCUGCCUCUGCUGUGACUCCUCAAGAAAUCUUAGAUAUCAAAAAGCUUAAAUCUCUACGAAUUUUUGGUUGUAGCAGCUUAGAAUACCUUUUUACCCCUUCCAUGGUAUCAAGCCUUGUGCAACUCGAGAACUUGGAUGUGUCAUGCUGUGAAGAUUUGAAACAAGUGAUUAUGGUAAAAGGAGUUGAGGAGAUAGUGAACACAGAGUUGAUAUUCCCACGGCUAAACUCCAUUUUGCUACUAUAUUGUGACAAGUUGUCAAGUUUCUAUGCUGGAAGUUAUGCACUCAAGUUCCAAUCGGCCAUAAAAAUAAGGAUAGAAGGGUGUCGAAACAUGAUUACAUUUGCUUCUACAUUUUCAACAGAGCAAGAGAAAGAGACAACUUAUCGAGGAAGCGAGGGACACCUUGGAAAGAAAGAAGCUGAUAUCUUUUGUUGGACUUUAUUCUCUGAUACGGUUGACAUUCCUCUCUUGGAUGACUUGUAUCUGCACUCCAGUUGUGUACAGCAAAUAUGGCACAGCCAAAUUACAUUAAUGUCCUCAUUUGUUCAAAACUUGAGGAAAUUGACUCUGUGGUACUGUAAUAAUUUGAAAUAUCUCUUCACAUCAUCAAUGGUUAAAAGUCUUGGACAACUUGAAGUACUCAAUAUUGAGGGAUGUAAGGAGAUGCAAGUGGUAAUACUAAUAGAGGAAUUGGGAGAAAAAGAAAAGACAAGCCAGACAAUGUUUCCCAAAUUAGACAACUUAAAGCUCUGUGACCUUCUGCAACUUAUAAGAUUUUACUCCAAUUGCAAUUCUCUUGGAGAAGUAUAUGAAGCUCAAGGACACAAUGGUAGUGGAUCACAAGUACUUGCAGCCACACAAUCAAAUUUGGUGGAAAGAGGAGUCACUCAGCUUGUAUUUCCUCAAGUAACGAACUUGGAACUUCGUCAUCUACCCAAUUUCAAGGGUUUCUCCCAUCAAAUCCACAUCACAAAAUGGCCAUUGUUGAAAAGAAUGCUUGUGGAGCAAUGUGACAAGGUGAAGACAUUUGCUUCAGAAUUUCCAAGCACUGAAAUAACAGAUGGAGACAACCAACUUGAAAGGCAAACCCAAGACCCUAUGUUUUGGAUUGGCAAGGAUUCAUUCUCCUGCCUAGAAGAAUUGGAAGUCCGACAUAAUUACAACAUGAAGGAGAUAUGGCAUGGUCAAUAUCCAGGGGUCUAUUUUCCCAAACUAAAAGAUAUUAAACUCGAGUUUCGAAAAUUUCAAAAAUGCUCAGCUCUUCCUCCUUUCUUCUUCCAGACCCUACCUAGUAUUGAGAAACUGGUUGUGAAUGAAGCUUCCUUUCAUGAAAUAUUCCAAUGUGAAAGACUUUGUAGUGAGGGAAGACCUGUAGAUGCGCCCUCUAGGUUAAGCGAAUUAAAAUUGUCAAAAGUUAAUGGGUUAAGGCAUCUUUGGAAGGAAGAAUCUGAGCUCAAAUCGAUUUUCUACAACUUGAGAACUCUAGAGGUGCUUGAGUGUAUCACAUUGGUGAAUUUAGUGCCAUCAGUUGUAUCUUUUGAGAACCUGCAGACUCUAGAAAUAUCGAAAUGUCAUGGACUUGAAAAUUUAUUAAGUUACUCAACUGCUAAAAGCUUGGAACAGCUGAAAAGAAUGAGUAUAACUGAUUGUGACUUGGUGGAAGAAAUUGUCAAAUGCUUGGAAGAUGACGUGAAGGAUGGCAUUGUCUUCAGCCAACUCAAGUCUCUGCAACUUCUCAGUCUUCCCAAACUUUCAAGCUUUUGCACAGGGAAGUGUGACUUUGAGUUCCCAUCUUUGAAAAAAGUGAUUGUGAUAAGAUGUCCACUGAUGAAAUAUUUUUCCUUGGGAAAGACAGUAACAAAAGAAUUGCAAAAUGUUCAAUGGAUAGAUGAUGAAGAGAAAGGACACUGGGUAGGCGAUCUUAACAGCACAAUACAAGACUUAUUCACUCAAAAGGUUGGAUGCCUUGAUCAGUUUGGAAAUUUGAAACUCUCCAAUUUUUUUGAAAUUGAAAUUUGGAAAAGAAAUCCUAAUGAAUUAUUAUUAUCUCUCAAAAAGGUGCAAUAUCUAGAAGUUAGUAAUUGUAGCAGGUUGCGCUACCUUCUAACUCUGUCCCUAGUAUUGAGCCUUGUGCAACUCAAGGGGUUGAAGGUAAAAUACUGUGCAGCAAUGGAACACGUGAUCAUGGCUACAGGAGGCGAGGAGGUAGUUGAAACUGGCUUCAUAUUCCCACAACUAAACUCCAUUUUGCUAGAGUCCUGUUCGAAGUUGUCGAGUUACUAUCUGGGAAGUAAUACCCUCAAGUUUCCAAUGUUGAAGAAAAUUAUUGUAAAGAAGUGUCUAAUGAGGGUUGGAUUCGCUUCCAAAUUUUCAAGUGACAAAGAGAAAGAGAUAGCUGAUGGAAGAAGUGAGGAAGUGCAUGUCAAGGAAGAACCUGACAUCUUCAAUGGGGCCUUUUUCUGUGACGAGUAUCUGUUUACAUUCUCAAUGGUUAAAAGUUUUGCGCAACUUAAAGAACUCAAGAUUAGUGGAUGUGAGAUGAUGGAAGUGGUAAUAUUGAUAGAAGAGACAGGAGAAGAAGAAAAGAUUUGCCAGACGGUGUUCCCCAAACUAGAGACCUUGACCCUUAAUGACCUACCCCAACUUGCAACAUUUUGCUCCAAUUGUGAUUCUCUAGGAAAAAUUUCUGACUCUGAAAGAGACAAUUUUGGUACCGGAUCACAAACAAUGCUAGCCACGCAAUUGACUUUGGUGGAAACAGAUGCCACCAAGCCUGUAUUUCCUCAAGUGACAGUUUUGAUGCUUAGACUCUUACCAAAAUUCAAGAGUUUCUUCCCUCAGAUGCACAUCAUGGAAUGGCCAUCAUUGGAAAGUUUAGUUGUGGUCGAAUGUCAUGCAGCGCAAAUAGUUGCUUCAAAAUUUUCAAGCAUUGAGAUUACACAUGGAGACAGCCAACUUGAAAGGGAAUCUCAGCAUCCCAUGUUUUGGAUUAGCAAGGCUACAUUUCCUAGUCUAGAACGGCUGGUUGUGAAAUGGAAUGACAAUAUAAAGAUACAGUGUGGACAUCAUCCAGAGGAGUAUUUUGGUAAACUAAAGGUUCUGCACCUCCUUGGCUUUCCUAAGCAAUCGGCUUUUCUUCUACCUUUCUUCUUCCACUCCCUGCCCAAUCUCAAAAAGCUUCUCGUGAAGGAUGCUUUCUUCGAUGAAAUAUUCCAAUGUGAAGAAGUUACUGCUGAGGAAAAACCUGUGUGUGGACGCACUCCAUUAAGGAAAUUAAGAUUGUCCAAACUUCAUGAGCUAACACAUCUUUGGAAGGAAGAAUCCCGACUUGAAACUCUAGUAGUAUCCGAGUGUCAUGGAUUCAUCAAUUUAGUGAGAUACUCAACAGCAAAAAGCUUGGGCCAACUCAGAAGAAUGAAAGUAGCCAAUUGUGAGAUGAUAGAAGAAAUUGUCGUAUGUUUGGGUGAUGCUGUGAACAAUAGCAUUGCUUUCACCAAAUUGGAGUGUUUACAACUUAAAGGUCUACCAAGACUAGAAAGCUUCUGCUCGGGGGAUUGCAACUUUGAAUUCCCAGCUUUGAGAGAGGUAAUUAUUACAGAGUGUCCACAUAUGCAGAUUUUCUCUAAGGGAGAACUAAGCACACCAAGACUUUAUAAAGUGAAAUUGACAGGAGAUAUAUAUGAAUAUAUGGAUAAAGAUAUAGAUGAAGAUAUGAAGAAAACAAUAGAUGAUGUUUUUAAUGAAGAUGAAGAUGAAUAUGAAGAUGAAUAUGAAGGAGCAAAAGAUGAAGGAAGUUGGGAGGGUAAUCUUAACAGCACUAUCCAACAGUUGUUCAAGGAAAAGAGUGCUCGUAAUUCCAAAAAGGGAAAUGAAGAAAACAAUGAUCAUGACGCUAAAGAAGAUGGCAAUUAAUGGCUGUCAACAAGUUUGGGAUUUUAGGUUUUAAUGGUGCACUCAUGUUACCAAGUGUUCACAUUGCUUUGGCAUCCAAAAGAAUAUUUUAAUUUCUAAAAAUUGUGUGUGACAUGAUAUGAUAUUAGAACGUGGUUAAUUCUGGAAACCACUAGAGAUCAUUUCUUUUUAUUUUUCUUGUUGUGUUGGUUUUAUUGUGUGAAAGAGAGCAUUUGAAUUUGUUGUGUAUCUUCAUUCAAAAAAGAGAUGUGAUUUGUGAAUAACUAUGUUGUCCAUCUUAAUUACAAUUAAAUGGUAUUCUAGUUUUGUUUUCACUCAAGAACCGAGACAAUAGAAGGUUAAUUUACACUUUGUUGAGUAUGAUUGUGAUUAUUGGUUUUAUGCUUUGGUUUUUAUAAAGUAGACAACAUUAU